AUGGCUGCCUGUGUUUGCAAGCCUCAGCAGCCCAUCACACAUGUCAUUUUCGACCUGGAUGGCACCCUUUUGAACACCGAGACCCUAUACACAGCGGUGCUGGAAGAACUCUGCAGUCGCCAUGGGAAGAAAUUCACUUGGGAGCAGAAAGAGGUCAUCAUGGGCAGAAGAGAACUGGAGGGCCUGGACAUCCUUCGGAAGAUCCUUGACAUCCCCUUGACAGCUGAGCAAAUGAUUCAGGAAGCGGAAAAGAAGAAGAAAGAAUUGUUUCCCAAGGCUCAGCUCAUGCCUGGAGCCGAAAGGCUGGUCCGCCAUCUACACCGGCAUAAGAUCCCCAUUGCAGUGGCUUCCAGCUCCCUCCGAGAGCCAUACGAAUUGAAAACCGCACAUCUCAAGGCCCUUUUUGGCUUAUUCCAUCACAUCACAUUGGGUGACGACCCUGAAGUGAAAAAUGGGAAGCCGCACCCAGAUAUUUUCCUGAUUUGUGCCAAAAGAUUUGACCCUCCGGCGUCUCCGACCAAGUGCCUCGUGUUUGAAGACGCUCCCAAUGGAGUCAAAGCUGCGAAAGAGGCCGGGAUGCAAGUGAUCAUGGUCCCCGAUGAAAACCUGAAGAAAGAGCUCACUAAAGAAGCUACUUUGGUCCUCCAAUCUAUGAAGGACUUCAAGCCGGAAACAUUUGGCCUACCAAAAUUUGACUGA